AUGACUGGCCGUCAAAAUGAGUACUUUAUUCCCGGUGAUGGAAUCAGCCGGGAAGUCAUUCAAGCAGAUAUUUGUCGCUAUCUUGGAAAUGAUGCGCUUGUGAGACCUGGCAGCCAUGGGGGCCGUCCGGGGUUUUUCAUCCGUGCCUAUCGGAAUCUCACAUCGGAGAUGAUUGCUGAUCUCAAGGCUGACUCCGCCCGCUGGGAAGCGGAUGUCUCGCGUCGGGCUGACCUAGGGUAUCCGCGAGGUAGUUACAUUCAAGAUGUCAACAUAUCGCAUGCCCCUAACACCAUAUCAGCGAACUAUGCCACAUCGGAUAUCCAUGAGGUUCGCCAGCAACAGGGGCCCUCCCCUACCACAUUCAGUGCUGCUCCUGCGCAGCCCUACAUGGACCCUUACUCCCAGAGUCCAUACAGCGGAUCCCAGAAUGCUCCCUACACCAACCCUUCUUCCUACACAUCCAGUCACUCGCCAUACAACGCAGGCCAAGCCCCAUACCCUCCGCCUCAAGUCUCUUACUCUGGUCCCAGCCAGCCCGUUGUGACCGCCGCGGAUAUCCACCAGUCAUAUACCUACGCUCCCACGGGCUAUGGCUACGAGGGUGGCCGAGGCAAUGCUCCCAGAUACCCGGGACCUGGUUAUGAUUCCCAGCCGGAGUACUCAGCCGUGACUUCCGGAAUGGCCUACCCUCCCACUACUGCCCCGGAUCCCCGGAUAGGAAUGGAGCCCAGAUACACUCCGGAAUACGAGCGCAGUAGGCCGCCGCAGGCUACCAGGGACAGAGACCCACAUCGUCGACGAUGA